AUGAGUUCUACUGCCACUACCCCCAACAUGAAGGUGACCCUCGUUGGAGCCUCUGGUGCCAUCGGCAUGCCUUUGUCGUUGUUGUUGAAGAUGAACUCAACGAUCACCGAGUUGGCCUUGUACGAUGUCAAGCAAGCUCGUGUGCCUGUUGCUGGUGUUGCUGCUGAUUCCUCUCACAUCAACUCUCCUGCUAAGGUCAAGGGUUAUGCUGGUCCUACUGAGCUCGAGGCUGCACUUACAGGGUCUAAAGUCAUCGUUUGUACUGCUGGCAUCGCUCAAAAGCCUGGUAUGUCCAGAGAUGAUCUCUUCAACGUCAACGCUGGUAUAAUGCGUGACUUGGCAACUGCGUUCGCCAAGUAUGCUCCUGAGGCUGUUGUCUGCAUCUUGUCGAACCCUGAGACUGCUCUCGUGCCCAUCACUGCUGAGGUUUACAAGAAGGCUGGGGUAUACGACUCGAGGAAGAUCGUGGGUAUCACCACCCUUGAUGUGACACGUGCCAGGACAUUCUAUGCUGAGGCUACUGGUAUGGAUGUUGAAAAAGUUGACGUCCCUGUUGUUGGUGGUCAUGGUGGUUGUGCCAUCCUCCCUCUAUUCUCUAAAGCAACUCCUUAUGUCAAGCUGGACGAAGAAAGCAUCGAAGAGCUUGAUGAUCAUGUUCAAAAUGCAGUUACUGAGGUUGUUGAUGCACUCGCUGGUGCCGGGUCGGCCAGUCUUUCAAUGGCUUACUCGGCUGCCCAGUUUGUGGAUAUAGUUAUCCGCGGGUUAAAGGGCGAAAGCCAUACAGCCUGUGCUUAUGUCAACGAGCCUUAUGAGGACGUACAGUUCUUUGCUCAUAUCUGCACUUUUGGACCUGAAGGUGUCGAGAAAGUUGAGAAGCUCGAUGGUUUGACUCCACACGAGCAGAAGAGGAUGGUGGAGACUCUUGAGAAGCUCCGUGAAGAUAUCAAGAGAGGAACUGAUUUCAUGAUAGACUGUUGUGAGUAG